AGCAGUCGCGGCACCGCGGAGCGCAGCGACGUCUCGCUCCAUCAUCCUCAUCAUCAUCAUCCUCAUCAUCAUCCCUGCCCCCUCCCUCCUCCUCCUUCCAUCCUCCUGCUGGGCCUCCUGCUCCCCCCUCGUCCUCCUCCUCGUUCAACAAUAACCCCGCGACAGCCCCAAACAUCCAUCGCUCGCUCGCUCUCAUCUCACGCGGUCGGGGAGCAGCAGCAGCAGCAUCCCCCCCCAACCCCGAGCCGAGGUGGGAGCUUGCGAGCAAGCGGGCAGGGUUAGUAAAUGAUAAAGUUUAUUUGAAAGAGAGAGGGUCACAUUGCUUCUGCUCGUUCGCCUUCAUUCCUUCUCUUUGACAUAAGAGGAUUAAGAGAGAUGCUGCUGCUGCUGAUGAUGAUGCUGAUGAUGAUGCUGCAGAUGUAAGCGGGCCCGUCCCGUUUCCUCAUCAUCAUCAUCCUCCUGCUGCUCCUCCUGCUGCUGCUGCUGGGUUCAUCCUCCCCGGGCCUCCGAGGAACAUGGCGGUGAGUUUGAGAGACCUCUCCGGCGUCAUGCUGCUCAACGGCAUGGAGACGCAAGCGGGAGCCGACUCCCCGGGACCGGCCACGCCUCGCUCCCCGCCGGCGUCCAGCCCCGGCCCCGGGUCGCCGCCGCUGCCGCCGUCGCUGCCGUCGCCGACGCUGCCGCCGCCGCCACCGUCUCCGCUGCUGCUGCCGCUGACGCCGCCCGCCGAGACGGUGAGCGUCGGCGGUGGGCCAGCUUCGCCUGCGCCGCCAGAGACGCUGGCGCCCGCGUGCCGGCAGCUGCGGCAGGGGACCAGCAUGACGCUCUUCCAGCAGAAGAAGUCGCAGCGUCCCGAGAGGAAGACCUUCCAGGUGGUGGGCGAGACGCGGCAGGUGGUCUGGUGGAGCCGUUCGCCGGACAAGACGGAGGGGAUAGUUGACAUUCGCGAGAUCAAAGAAAUCAGGCCCGGGAAAAACUCGCGCGACUUUGAGCGGUACCAGGACGAGGCACGGAAGGUGGACGCCUUGCUGUGCUUCGUCGUCCUCUACGGCACCGAGUUCCGCCUCAAGACCCUCAGCAUCGUCGCCGACAGCAAGGAGGAGGCCUCCGUUUGGGUUACGGGACUCAACUGGCUCCUGACGGACACUCUCUGGGCUCCGACCGCGCUGCAGAUAGAAAGGUGGCUGAGGAAGCAGUUCUACGCGAUGGACAGGAACCGGGGAAACGGGGUGAAUCGCAAGGACCUGAAGGCCAUGCUGCCGCAGCUGAACUUCAAGUUGCCGAACACGCGGCAACUGCGGGACAAGUUUGCGGAAGUGGAAGCGAGGAAGGGGGAGAUUUCCUUCACGCAGUUUGUGGCCUUUUACAAAAACCUCAUGUUCGACGCGCAAAGAUCGAUCGUUGAGCAGAUAGACUUCUGCGUCCCUCUUCGGAACUCGGAGCGGCCGGACGUCUGCUCCGUAACGCUGCACGACUUCCAGAGGUUCCUGCAAAUCGAGCAGAAGGAGCCGUGGGCCAGCGACCUGGCGUGCGUGCGGGAGCUCAUGUUCCGCAUCCUGUGUGACGGCGCGCGUGAGAGCGAGGAGCCCUGCUUUUCCCUCGAGGAGUUCCUGACGUACCUGUUCUCCCGUGAGAACUGCGUGUGGGACAGCCAGUACAACCAGGUGUGCGCCGAGCAGAUGAACAACCCGCUGUCGCACUACUGGAUCUCAUCUUCGCACAACACCUACCUGACAGGGGACCAGUUCUCGAGCGAGUCGUCGCUGGAGGCCUACGCGCGCUGCCUCCGCAUGGGCUGCCGCUGCAUCGAACUGGACUGCUGGGACGGCCCGGAUGACAUGCCCAUCAUUUACCACGGCCACACGCUCACCUCCAAGAUCAAGUUCCUGGACGUCCUCAACACAAUCAAGGAGCACGCCUUCGUCACGUCCGACUACCCCGUGGUCCUCUCCAUCGAGGACCACUGCAGCAUCGUGCAGCAGAGGAACAUGGCGUCGUUCUUCCGCAAGGUCUUCGGCGACAUGCUGCUCAUCAAGCCCGUGGAGGCCCAGGCCGAGGAGCUGCCCUCGCCCACGCAGCUCAAGGGGAAGAUCCUCAUCAAGCACAAGAAGCUCGGCGAGGGGAACUCCGACGAGGUGGCCUCCAGCGGCAGCUACUCGGAGUGCGACAUCAGCAACUCCAUCAAGAACGGCAUCCUCUACCUGGAGGACCCCAUCAACCACGAGUGGAACCCUCACUUCUUCGUGCUGACGAGCAACAAGAUCUACUACUCGGAGGAGACGACGGUCAACCAGUCCAACGACGAGGAGGAGGAGGACGACACCAAGAGCCAGGAGUCCAACAACAACGAGCUGCACUUCAGCGAGAAGUGGUUCCACGGGAAGCUGGGCGGCGGGCGCGACGGGCGCCAGAUCGCCGAGCGCCUGCUGCUCGACUACUGCUUGGAGAACGGCGGCAAGGAUGGCACCUUCCUGGUGCGCGACAGCGAGACCUUCGUGGGCGACUACACGCUGUCCUUCUGGCGGUCGGGCCGCGUGCAGCACUGCCGCAUCCACUCACGGCAGGAGGCCGGCACCAUCCGCUACUUCCUGACGGACAACCUGGUGUUCGACUCGCUCUACUCGCUCAUCCAGCACUACCGCGAGGUGCCGCUCCGCUGCAACGAGUUCGAGAUGCGCCUCUCCGACCCCGUGCCGCAGCCCAAUGCCCACGAGAGCAAAGAGUGGUACCACAGCAGCCUGACGCGCGCCGAGGCCGAGCACUGGCUCAUGCGCGUUCCCAAGGACGGCGCCUUCCUCGUGCGCAAGCGCAGCGACCCCAGCUCCUACGCCAUCACCUUCCGGGCGGACGGGAAGAUCAAGCACUGCCGCGUGCAGCAGGAGGGGCGGCUCUUCCUGCUGGGGAACUCGGCGGAGUUUGAGAGCCUCGUGGACCUCGUGUGCUACUACGAGAAGCACCCGCUCUACCGCAAGAUGCGCCUGCGCUACGCCAUCAACGAGGAGACACUCGAGAAGCUGGGCACAUACGAGCUGGACUACGGAGCGCUGUACGAGGCACGCAACCCAGAGCUCAACUACGUGGAGGCGAACAAGAUGGCCGUGUCCAAGUGCGUAGUGAAGGCGCUGUACGACUACCGAGCGCAGCGCGACGACGAGCUCUCCUUCUGCAAGCACGCCAUCAUCACCGGCGUGGACAAGCAGGACGGAGGCUGGUGGCGAGGAGACUACGGUGGCAAGAAGCAGCUGUGGUUCCCCUCCAACUACGUGGAGGAGAUGACCUGCACCCUGCCGCAAGGCCUGGAGGAGGCCGCCGCCGCCGUCGAGAACAGCCCCCUGGGCAACUUCCAGAAGGGCAUGAUUGACGUGACCACGUGCACAGUGGUCGUGCCGCGGGACGGCAAGGGAGCCCAGCGCUACGUGUUCAGCGUGCAGUCGAUACACAUGCACCCGCCGCUGCCCAAGCCGCUGGAGAUCGCUGCACCCUCGCUGGAGGAGCUGCACGAGUGGGUAUCGAAGGUCAAGGACGCCGCGUCGGCCGCCGACAUGAAGCUCAGCGAGGGCAAGCAGAUGGAGCGGAGGAAGAAGAUCGCCCUGGAGCUCUCCGAGCUCGUCGUUUACUGCCGUCCGGUGCCCUUCGACGAGGAGAAAAUCGGCACGGAGCGCGCGUCCUUCAAGGACAUGUCGUCCUUCCCCGAGACGAAGGCCGAGAAGUACGCCAACCGCAACAAGGGCCGCAAGUUCCUCCAGUACAACCGUCGCCAGCUGAGCCGCGUCUACCCCAAGGGCCAACGCCUCGACUCGUCCAACUACGACCCGCUGCCCCUGUGGGCCUGCGGCAGCCAGCUGGUGGCGCUCAACUUCCAGACGCCCGACAAACCGAUGCAGCUGAACCAGGCCCUGUUCCUGCUGGGCGGCCGGAGCGGCUACGUCCUGCAGCCGGAGAUCAUGCGCGACGACUCCUUCGACCCCUUCGACAAAACGUCGCUCAAGUCCCUUGAGCCAAUCAGCAUCCAGCUGACGAUCCUGGCGGCUCGGCACCUGCCGAAGAACGGCCGUGGCAUCGCGUGUCCGUUCGUCGAGGUGGAGGUGUGCGGAGCCGACUACGACUACAGCAAGUACAAGACGGAGGUUGUGCCGGACAACGGCCUGAACCCCGUGUGGACUCCCAAGGUGGCCCCGACGGUGUUCGACGUCAACAACCCCGAGUUCUCGUUCCUGCGCUUCGUGGUGUACGAGGAGGACAUGUUCAGCGAUCCAAACUUCCUGGCGCAGGCGACGUUCCCCAUCAAGGGGCUCAAGCCGGGGUACCGCUCGGUGCCGCUGAAGAACAGCUACAGCGAGGAGCUGGAGCUCGCCUCGCUGCUCAUUCACAUCGACGUCACCAACGCAAAGGAGGAGGGCGAGGACGACCUCUACUCGUCGAUCCAGCGGCUGCGCGACCGCACCACGGAGCUGCGGGGGCAGCUGGCGGCGCUGGAGGGCGGCAACGGUGGCGGCGGCGGCGGCAGCAACGGCGGCAACGGUGGCGGCGGCGGCGGGACUAACGGACGAGCGGCGGACUCGUCCUUCGACGCGUGCUAUCGGCACUACCAGCAGCAGCUGGACGAGCUGAGGGCCACGCAGGAGCAGCUGGUGCAGCUCACGGAGGAGAGGAACACCAGGUUGAGAGAGAAGAAGGAAGACCGUCGGAGGCGAGAAAUGACCAAUCAGGCACGCAGAGGAUUCUAAAAAACAAAAAAGGCUGGCACGGACGUUGCUGCCGAACAUCCUCCAACCAACCUUCGCGAACGCAACUUGUGAGCGCAAAGAGCUGGCGGUGCAGCCUCUGCGUGCCGGGUGCCCGCGAAGAGAAUCGGGCAAAGGAAAGAAGGAGAGAGGGAGAAACAAAACAACGUGCCGAGCGAUGUCGCCGUCACCGUCGCGGCAAGCCAGGAGUUGCACGAACGCGACCGCGACGAGGACUCGGCAUUCGUUUCACCACCGACCGCCUUGACCAAACGCAUAGUCACCCCCCCCUCCCCCACGCCUGCGGGGGAGGGGGGGGUGGUGGGGAGGGAGCCGAACGGGGGGGUCACAUCAUCAUCGGGAGCGUCUUCGCCGUCGAUCGGUUGAUCGUUGGCCUUCGGUCACCCGGCGCUCCGGCCCGCGGCGGCUGCCGUUCUGGGCGUCCGUGCCUCUUUACUCCUCCGGUGCCUUUCCCUUAUAGAAAAGAAAAAUUCACACAAGGGUGCUUUGACGCUCGCCGCAGUUUGCGACGCCGCUCGGGGUUGUGGCGGCGGGCGGUGGGCAGCCGAAGAGAACUCGGGACGGAACCGACGCACGCCCGCGUGCAUGUGACGUUCUUCCCGGGAGCUGCCGGAGCUUUUCCCAUCUUCGCUUUCCGUUAUUAUGUACGCAGCCCGACACCAUCCCGUAGCCAGGCCUAAAUUAGCACGUUCCUCCCAGCUCUCCCAUCUCCCCGCCCCCCCCCCCCACCCCCCCACGGGGAGGAUAACGCUACCCGGUGCAAUUUUUUUUUACUUCGUGAAACGUUUCAGGCAGGCGACGCGUCGCAUCACGGGCAUCACCCCCGCGGCUGUGAGUUAGCCGACGCGGUACGGCCGUCGCUGGUCCCACGGUUGGGCGUGCUCGUUCUCGCAACCGCGCGGGAGAAGACGCGCACAGCUGGGCCGGGCGCACACCUCCUCUGAACGUUCAUCGCCCCCCACCGGCCGAGAUCGGGCGAUGGGCAGCGCUUGGACCGCCCUCCCGCCUGUCUGCGUAUCGGCAGCGUAGCAAAGCCGUUGUGUUGUGCCCAACGCGCCCGCGUGCACACGCACUGUGAGCCCUGCCGCUUCUGUCCCGUUGCAGGGAGGGGGAGGGGAGAGACAGUUUUAGGUUUUCAGUUUUGGUAAAAAGCUGGACUUGUUCAGCCUUUUUUUCCCUUUUCUUACCGUCUUACGAAUGUAACGCUGGUAGCUCGGUGGUGGUGCGAGCUCGGUGGUGGUGGUGGUGGCGUUGAGGACGAGAUCUUUCGGGACCGAAAUGCGGGUCUCUUGUUCGAGGAGAAACGUGAAGGGGGAGUGGAGGAGAGGCGGUGAGUGGAUCGGGGGGGGGGGGUGGGGGGGAAGGUGGCGUUAGGGACCCCCAGGAAGAUGAACCUUGGCGUGACCUAACGUUACCGAAUGUAUUUAUUCGUGCGUUGUGCAAGCGUCUGGUGAACGCUCGGGCUUUGGUUGAGCUGAGGUCGGCUUCAAACCGAGCCCCGGAGAGAAGGAAAGAGAAAAUACGGUAAUAAUUUUAACUUAAAUUAACCUUUGCCUGCUUGUCGUGCCCAAACAGCGACGCAUUAAAAGGGGGGACGACAGCGCCCUGAUUGGGGAGUUUUAAACAUCUCUAUGUGUGGUGUAUUAUUCCUAUUAUCAUGAUUGGGCUACGGUUAUUUAUUUAUUUUAAAUAAUCGGGCAACUUCAAUGCAGACACUAAAAAAACGGGGAUGAGCUCGCCACCCCGGGUAAUUUCAUUUUUUAUUUAUGUUGUUGGCGUCUGAACCGGAUCGCGGGCCGUCCGUGUGCCGAGCGCUUGACCUUCGGCGACCGCGGUGCAAACAUUCGGUGGUCGGGGGGUGUGGGGGGGGGUGCGGGGAGGGUGCGGGGGGGGGGGCCAAGAAUAUCUCUCAGCCCAAACAGAUCCGGCCCACGCACGAACCUCUUAAGGCACGGAAUUGAUCAUUAUAAACACGCGCACAAUUAUCUCUGACUCCGAGAGUAGAGAGUGAUUCGGAGGUGAGGGAAACCACAAACGAUGACGGCGGCCAGAACCGCCAUCAACGAUUGCCUGAGGUCUGCGAUUCUAUAUUGGGAUGUUUGGCCGCGGUGGCAAGAUGUUACCUAUCUCGCCUGUUAUACAGGAGGUCGUGGGUUCGAUCCUGACCCUGGCACCUGCUGCUGUAUAUUUGGAGAUUGCGUGUCUCUCUCCCGGUGGUCACGUGUAUCUUUAUCCGGGUCCUCUGGUUUUUCCCUCCACAUUUAGAAUGAACGUGCGUUUAGAGUCUUUGGCUGCUAUACAUUUCCACGUGAAAAGUCGCUUUAUUGGUCUGUCAUUUGUGAUAGCCAGGUCACAAAAAAAAAAUAGCUAUUAAACUCGGUGGGCCUUACCUGGUAACAUAAAAAUAGGCUUUUUAGAAAGUUUUAAUAGAGCGCAGACCAGGCAUAAAUGAUGCGUAGCUUGGGCCCCUUACAGAUGGUUGGUGUCUUUGUCGCGAUCUGAACGCCACGGUUGAGGAGGCCUCAAUGGGGGCCACGACUGAUCGCAACACGGGGCCAAUGGCGCGUCACCGAGCAAACCGCGCGAAAAACGCGAUUGAAAAUCGAGCGGUGCCCCCCCCCCCCCCGCCUCUUCUGCCCUUCCCUCAGCUGUAGCCAGACUGGCAUCGGAGGGCCCUGACUUAAGUUGCCACCCAGGGCUGCAAAGAGGUAGCGGGAGAGGGGGGGGGUCAAAAGGGAGCAUUUGUCCCAGGCCUCGAGUUUUUGUUGCUAAUGAAAAAUUGUGGGGGGGGGGGGCACUUAAGUGGCAUCCCCUGUCCCUGUGUAGGUGGGUAGGUGAGGACUGCACCUCAUCCACGUGUGCCCCCCACCCUCCGCCGGCUGCUCCCAACACUUCACCUGAGCAAGCAACUCUAAAAGGUUUUUAAAGCAACUUUCAAAGUUUUUUUUUUAAAUAAAUGUUCCGUAAAAAAAUGGACUAAACAGCAAAGAGGAGAACCUUUUUCCAUUGCACGAAGGCGUCACAACGGACGCCGGCACGCGGGCUCGCCAUCUCUCCUCCUAACCUCAAUCUCUCGUCUUUUCUUAGCAAAAAAACUAACAAAAAAACAUUUCAGAAGCUCCGAUAAAUUGUGCAUGUGUUCAACGGAGAAUCUUAGCGGCACUAUGUACGCAUGUGCCGCCGCUGCGCCACAAUCACAGACGUGUUUUAUACAAACGCGAGCAAUUGCUCUCCCGUGUUUUGACGACGACGACGAACCGCCGGCGUCGUUUGUGCGCACGGUUUGGUGGUUGCGCUGCGCAGCGCUCCAACGUGUUGGCAUUUGCACGAGCUCGCACGCCCGUCGCCCUUUGUGUCGUCAUCGUCAAUAGUUCCGUCGUCGCAACCAAAAAGUCGCUCUGCGAUUUAAUGAACGCCGAGCAGCACUGCCGUGCGCUUGACGAUGUGGAGUAUAUCGGGGAUCAGGAAACUGUCCGCCGCUCUGAGUCGGUUGCAAUGUCACGAGUGCGUUUUAAAGCAUUACGAGUUUCAGUUUGGCAGGAGAACACUAGGAAGUACACUACAACAUUGAUGACGCACGAGUUGUAUGUUAAAGAUUUCUUGGGAAAGGCGGGGGGGGCUGGUGGUACAGCUGAGGGGCACGGAGGAGAAGAAACGGCAACUUGGCACUGCUGAUGCGACGGUGUUCGGUUUUGGUCUGCGAAACGUUGGACGCACCGUGGGCCUUAAGACGCUGCUUCAAUCCCCACUUUUUAGUUUAAUCGCCGUGAAACCGACAAAAUUGUGUUCUCCUUUCCAGUUCCAGCCAGGGCUGAGCCGUUCGGUUGACCUUUGCUACGUGUGCAUCCUGAACUGGCACGGUUCGGCUACGUGGACUCAUUUUAUCGACGCUGCGUGUUUGUGAGUACCGCUUUGUGGGAAGUCGUCGGCGGUUGUAUCUACCAUUUAUGGAGUGCGCGUAAGGAAUUUCCCCCGCCUGGCUGCAAACGGAGAUGAGCAGUGAAUUGCCUCCAAACCCGCGUGAGGAACGGGUAGACGAUUUCGCUGCCAACGGCGUCUUGGCAGAAAGGUGGCGGCACGUGGAUAUCGUUAAACGUCGCCACGAGGGCAAAGCCCCGUGUGAUGGAAAUGCCCCCCCCCCACCGUGCAACACCCCAAGGGUAACGCGUCGCCGACAAGCAUGAGUUUACGUUUUACAUUCCACAGCUGUGGUCUUGGGCAAAACAAAAAAGCUAAGCACUUAUCUGUUUGUAAAAAGAAAAAAAAAUUGUUUCGAAAUGUUUGCGUUGGGGCGUAAACACUAAAGCCGCCCCGUGUCCUCGUUGGGAAGAGCGCACAGCCCCGCCCACAGUCGCGGCUGUGGGUUACCCGGCGGUCACAGAAUGGCGACCCGUCUGCGGAGACUCGUGCCCGUCCACGUGCCCGUCCACGUGCGUGCGAUCCAAUCGGAACGGCCACCUCCUCGUCGGAGACUGAUUGCGUUUUAAACCCCCCACUUCGUGAUCCACGGUCACUGGGCGGCUAUUCGACGCGUGACGUGUGCGAGCGUCACCCAAAAUUAUACGCUCGUGAAAAUUGUGGCGUUUUUAAAAAACACUUGGAAGGGGUUCCAUAACACCCCUACAACUCGCGUUAAACCAAAAACAAACUUUGGUUUUUUGCUUUUAAUAGUUUGUGCGCGAAAGGGUGAAAUAUCCUUUCUGUCAUGUCAGCCUCCGGCGCUAUGCAGUUCUAAGAUGCAGAUCUCUUGCAGGAGGGGGGACAGUGAGCUACUGAGCGGAAGGUUGCCGACGACACGCGAUUACAACUACACGCUGUGACUUUACCCCCCUUAAGGAAACACAAUCGCACACCAAGCUGUGUCAUCGGUUUCCUUUCUGAUUCCGUUCCGUGUAGGUACACGGUACGUCAUCGGAAGAAAAAGGCCAUGCUGGAGGGCGUGUGGGCACAGUUUUGCACCAGCUAUCAUAGAGUGCGGCGGUCGUGUCGCUACAGUUCUCUGCGGUGAGCACAAUGUCUUCAAAAACAGCGGCGCUAUGCCGCCUCUAAAUAAUAUUAACACCGAAUUGCUUGCGGGUUCCGAGAUUCGGUGUUGAAUGGGACACCCACCCUGCAACUUGCAGACGUCUCGAAGCUUGAAAGGGUUAAGAGGUCCGUUUGUUUGAUUGGAGUGUUCAACGCUGAAACGAACGCUCGGUCCGUGUGGCAUGUCGAUGCCCCCGGCCCUAAGGAGUCAAGCGUUGGAGCAGGGUUUUCUCCGAAGCGCAUACGCGUCAAAAACUUGCUACGUUUAACGACCCGGGUCAAGUCAUUCGCUGAAGUGUCCUAAAAACAGAAAUGGCUUUAAUGUCUCUUAAGAGACGUUACGAUGAGUUACAAGUGAAGAGAUGAGAAAAAAAAAAGCCUCGCCCCAUUAUCACUCAGUUGCAGUCGUAAAAUUGUCAUCGCUUCACGGCACACGGGUACAGGUCGGGGUUUGUGUUGCGGCACGGUUAGCGUUACGAUCGGGAAGGUGGCCGCCAGCUUUUAUUUGCCAUCGAUUUCAAAUGGGGGAAGGUGUUCUAAGUAUUUUACGUGGACCCAGUCUUGGAUGCCAGGGAGGCGUCUGUGAACCUAUGACAAUGUUAAUUACUACUUGACGUAUCCUCAACUCAGGGAUCGCACUGACGCCGACUGUUGUACCGAGUGUUUGGAUGCAAAAUGUUUCCGUCUGGGGAACUAUUGAUAACAACCCCACCUCACCUGCGCAUGCCGAUAGUUUUAGCUAACCGCCGUCCGGCCUUGCUCGGCGAAGGCUUCCUCGCUUCCGUGUAAGUCACGGGAGUUGUUUGGCCAUAGUUCGUGCCGGUUGCUAAAGGGGUGAUCCCUUGGACCACUUCAUACAUUUACUCGCCCCUGUGAUGUUAGCCGUGGCGAUGGUUCGAACUCAGGUCGCCAGGUGGAUGGCACGCUGCGCUAACCUCUGGGCCGCUUCUCUCACGCCUACAUGCCGAGCGUGGGCGGCCCUCGAUCGCUUUGUCCACAGUGGUUUGGAAAAUGCAACACCGCGGACAAGUUUGUGUUGCACACGGUAGGGCAGGACUUUGGUGUGUGUUUAGCAUGACGUUUUAUUUGAGAAAAGACAUGACCGUGUGGUCCUGCAAGGAUCUGCUCGAGUGUGUAGAAUAUCGAAUUCAAAGAGUGAAUUCUGCUGGAUGGCAAGCGACACUGAUGGUCAAACAACUCCACCCUGGAAAGGUACCCGCGGCAGCCAUUGCCAAUCCAUUGCUGGAUGAGGGCCUCCUCACACGACAUGGGCCGUGAUGACGGUUUACCUGACCGCGAUUCGCCACGCCUAUCGGCGCCGUUUUUCGCGAAGACGGCGGACGUGAUAGCCACGGACGUGUGAUAGUACAACGAUGCCCUCCACUGCCUACGACCUACCGCACUGUGCUCAAUACAGGCGGUGUAGGCCACUGUGGGGGGAGGGCUACCUGUGCUAUGGGCCUGGAAAUGUACUCGCUAAAAAAGAAAAAGUCCUGCGAUGGUUGCGUCUUGUCCUGUUCAGAUGGUGUAUUUCUAUCUUGCACUUUACCUUGUCGAUUCUCCUUUGAAUGUUUUAGCGACGCGUAAGGCAGCAUCACUGUGCCGCAGUACAAUCCUCGGCGCACGCGGAGAGACCCAGGAGGAGUGCGGUGUCCCCCAAAAAAACCGACGAAACCGAGCGCCGACAUUUAUAUUCACUACCCAGCCUAAUCUCUUGCUGUCUUUUUUGUAGCGUUCGCUUACGAAGCUCUACGGCCGCGACUCGGCCGCUCGUAAAACGGAACCGUCGGGUAGGGGACCGUUCACCGCUACUAGGGGUCGUGGAGCAAACGCCUCGCGACCCUGCCACUGGGAUGUUUGUCCGACGCCAGUGACAUUGAACGUUUUGAGCUGUGGGAGGAAAUCGGAGAACCUGGAGCAAACCCAAGCAGAAUUGGGGGGGGGGGG